GUAGAAAACGUACACCGAAGGCACGGCACAAUGACGAACACAGGAGGUAAAGUAGUCGCAAAUUUGCGACAAACGUUCGUGUCGCCAAAUGUGUUACGAUGGUUCCCCGGGCAUAUGACGAAGGGUCUGAGACAGAUGCAACAGCGAUUGAAAAAUAUCGAUUGUAUUCUAGAAGUUCAUGACGCGCGAGUGCCAAUAUCCGGACGUUAUGCUGACUUUAGCAGGACUCUGACUGGCUUGAAGCCACACAUUUUCAUAUUGAAUAAAAAAGACUUGGCUGACACGAGACUUACGAAAACUAUAGUUUCUACAUUGAACAGAGAAGGACUGUCCAACAUACUUUUUACGAAUCUGAAGAGUCAACACUGUAAAGACAUGAAGCAGAUCUUGCCCCUCGCCAAGAAAUUGAUGUUAAAUUCGCAGCGUUACAAUAGAACAGCAGAAGAGUCUUUCUCCAUGAUGGUCAUUGGCGUGCCCAAUGUUGGAAAGUCUUCUCUGAUUAAUCGCUUGAGAAGCAAUCAUCUUCACCUGGGCAAAGCUACUCACGUUGGCGCAACUGCUGGAGUCACACGUUCCGUACUGACUCACAUAAAAAUAUCUGAAGAUCCAAUAGUAUAUCUGAUUGACACUCCGGGUAUCCUAGCUCCUUCUAUUACAGACAUUCAUGCUGGUUUCAAGUUGGCAUUAGUGGGGUGUCUACAGGAUCAUAUAGUGGGAUCGCAACUACUUGCAGAUUAUCUACUGUUCUGGCUAAAUAAGAACAAUCGUUUUGAAUACGUAGAGAAAUUAGAUUUGCCAGAACCAAAUGACAAUAUAUUGCAUGUGCUUACGUUUAUUGCCGCAAAGUUGGGGAAAACUACAAAAGUAAAGAACGUCCGCGACGGACGAUUAGAAGUCAAGCCCGAUUUAAAAUCUGCAGCGGAUUACUUUAUUAGUUUAUUUAGGAAAGGAGCUUUAGGAUCUUAUUGUUUAGAUAUAGAUUUACUAGAAACGUCACAAAACCGUGAAGCUAGCUUAGCCUGAUAAUAUAUAAAUACAUUUGUAUAUAUUUAUUAAUGAAAGUAAUUAUUAAUUCAAAGAAAAUACAAAUCUUCAUAAUUUUA